UACUCUUUAGUGGAAUAAUGGGCUUUUUCAUGUGGGGAGAUAUUUGUUUUUUUUUUCAUUAGGGUUUAAGUAUUUAUUUACCUUGAUAGAAUAAAAAACUAUUAUUUUCUCAACGAUUACCGACUGUGGUUUUUAAAAGUGAAGGCAGUAGAAAAUGUCUUUUGCAGAUUCCAAUGGAGUUCACGCACCAAUGCAGAACUUGGGAUCAUCCGAUGGUGUUACGACGCCGUACUACCCUAUCAUGCCGCCAAUUUCAUCUCCACCUCCGACGACGGAGACUUAUAAAGUUCCCACCGCCGGCAUUACCGUUCCCCUUCCCGAUCCAUCAGUGGCUACAAUCCCUAAUUCAAUUGAGCCGGUUAAGAGGAAGCGGGGAAGACCGAGGAAGUAUGCCCCUGAUGGUUCUGCGAACUCGGGGAUAAUCUCUCCUCCGUCGUUGUCGGCGGCGCAGUCUGGCGGUGGAGUUUCGCCUACGGAGGGAGGAGAUGUACCUUCUUCUUUACGGAAAAAGGGAAGGGGGAGACCACCUGGUUCUGGGCGAAAACAGCAAUUAGGUGAUUUAGGAUCAGCAGGUGCAGGGAUUGGAUUUAGACCGCAUGUUAUCACAGUUAAAGCAGGAGAGGAUGUAUUGGCAAAACUAAUGUCAUUCUCUCAAAGUACCUCUCAAGCAGUCUGCAUUUUGUCAGCAAAUGGCUCCAUAUCUAAUGUGACACUUCAGCAAGCAGCAAUAUCUGUUGGAAAUGUAACAUAUGAGGGACAUUUUGAGAUCCUGUCUCUGUCUGGUUGCUUUCUACUCUCAGAAUCUGAUGGCGAGCGCAUCAGGACAGGUGGUUUGAGUGUGUUACUAGCUGGACCAGAUGGCCAUGUUCUAGGUGGUGGUGUGGCAGGAGUUCUUACUGCAGCAUCUGCUGUACAGGUUAUUGUAGGUAGUUUUGGUAUGCAAGGUCAAAAGCAGUUCAAAUUGGAUCAUUCUGAUGCUCUUGGUGUGCCAUCCUUCCUGCUCCCCCCUGGAUCAACAGCGGCUAAAAGUCCCUCGUCACUUGGAACUGUAAGCGAGUCAAGUGGUGAGCCUGUGAGCCCUCAUAAUCAGCUUGCUGAAACUUCGAAUAUAAGUACUCCUGUAGUUGCUAAUAACUUGCCCUGGAGAUAAACGUAAUGAUAGGAGUGAUGACUUCCCUCAUUUCAAUGAUCAUCAUGUUGAGAACUUCUGUUGAUAUUCCAUCCGUUCUUAGGAAGCCAACCUUUGUGUUGGUUUUAGCUUUUCUUUCUUAUUGUAUAAGCACCGUUGUCUAAACAUUUUUAGAUAUUAAACGGACCUCAUUGCUGUUA